UUCAAAACCUUCACUAAUUACAUGACAAUGCCACAGAUCGUUCAACUUCAGGAGAGAAACUUUGUUAAAGAACACCGUUCGCCGAACAUUCGCCGAACAUUCACCGAGUAUCAGUCAGACAAAGUCGACGACGUUUCCGGUUUCCGACUCUCCCUUUCGGAAAUCAUAUCUAUACAGCAAAUAAACUCUUUCGUGAAAAUAAGAUGAAAACAACCCUUGAAUUGUGAAGCAAAUAUUCCGCUUUGCGGUCAAGUAAUGAUAAAAAUACUUUGAAGUUUUGAAAUUUCCUGUUUUUAUUUGAAGAUGAACAAACCGGUUUUGUGUAGCUUCUGUUGAUUCCCCCGCAAAAUGUUUGCGAAUCGUGCACACACGCUUGAAAUGUUGUGACGUCUGGCCUAUAAAGCUGAACCAAAUGUAAUCGAGUCGCUUAAAAUAUUCCGACUGUAUGUACUAGGAAUGGAGGUGCAAGCAGAAUUAACUUUGUGAAUAUUGUUGGAACUAAAUAAGCUUCAAACAUGCCUUGGUACGAUGAAGAUGAAGCCGAAAAACUAGAACUGGAAUCAACUCAGGAACAAGUCAUCAGUCAGCCGCAUGUAGACAUACGUGAUAAGGACCCUUAUUCGUGCACCCUGCAAAUUAAGCUCCCUCGCGAGGAGGUGUCGCGAUUGAAGUCACUCUAUAGUCCCUUACUACAAUGGAUCGAUCCUGCCUUCCAGUUGCUUCAAAUUCAUCAACAAGAUAAAAGCCCCUUUAAUUUCUGUCAUGAACUAGAUGACCCGGAACAGAAUGUUCAAGAAACUUACAACAAGGACCACUUGAGCACACAGUCGCUUAGCAUCGUGUUGUUCUUACACGAAGACUUAAAGUAUCAGCUGAACGCAAGAUUUGCAAAGCGCUACUUAGAGUCACCCCCUUGGGACUUUCACCACAAGAUCGAGCUGGCUAGCCGCACGGACAUGCGCCCUGUGGCUCGCCAAGAUUAUUACGAGUCGUCUCCAGACCUCCCACUGUGGACUGUCUGCUCGGUUCAUUACGGCAACGAGCAGCUCAGAUUUAACAUUUUCGUAAAGAAUUUCGACAAAAUGAAACAAUUCUACAGCGUGUUAAUAGGGGCUGAGACAAGCGCAAAUAAACCGGGAUUCUGCACUUUUGAUCUCUAUUCUCAGCCCGGUCUAGAAAUAAAACUAUCUUUGAAAUACUCGCCAUGUUUACGACCUCGCCCUUCUAAGCUCAGCGUUCUAAAGUUUCACGUCAGCGAUAUCCUUUCCGUGGAGCGGAAACUUCGACUUACGUUGACUCCAAACGGCGAUAACACGUGGUUGGCACGUGAUCCCGAUGGUAACGUGAUCAUCCUAUCACGUGAUGACACUGAGUGGUGCGACGUGGGUGUCGAGGGACACUCGGUAGAAGUGUCGGACAGUGGACAGUGGAGCGAGACAGACAGUGACGAUGGCUCGUGGGAAAUGUGUAGUGUAACAAGUUUUACAAGCUGCAGUGAAGCGGAUUUCUCGUGCGAGAGUGACUGUGACUGUAUCUCGGCAUAGACAAAGUUAAUCCGUCAGAUAUGACUGUUAGCCAUGUACAAGUAGACACAGUAACUUGAGUCAAGAGAACAAAUAACAGUCCGUUUUAUUCGUAUGGAGUAAACAUGUGAGUAAAACUAAGUUUCAUGAGAAACGUUUUGGACCGGGACUAGCUUUGAGGGAGCUUUGAGACAAAAGCGGAGGAAGCUCGUAAAUGACUAAAGAAUUGCUAAACGUGAAAGUCGGAUCUAAAGACUAGAAGGAACUGUAACUUGAAGAUCCCGUUUAACUUCCAGCUAUCGUGUAUUUUGAUCGAUUCUAUAGUUUUCUCGUAGAAUUUGAGCCUGUCCAAAUAAUCAUGACGGGCUAGAAGAGUUUUAGCUGAAUGGAAAAACAGACAACUGGUGUCAAUUCCAGUUUAAGAUUUCAGCUCGUUUGACAGUUGACAGUUAAGGUCAGUUGAAGAAAUUUCAACCAAUUCAUCCCUCAACUUUCGUCAACUCAGAAUUGCUCCAUGUGAUCCGGGACUUCAAAAUCGAAACAGCGGAAGGACAAGAGAAAAGUUCGGCUACUUCUACUUAGCAACUUGAUGCCAGGACACCAACUGUUUGAAAAGGGAAAGGUUGCGUUCUUUUAUUUAAAAGGGGGCAUUGCUAGUCCAAAGAUGCAAUAAAUUUAGGACUGAAAAGUUCCAUCUGGAUUGAGUUCUGUUAUUCUUAAUGCUUACGCCACUCCUUAGUUUAACUCUUUUUGCAGCAGUUAGCCAGAAAUGCUGACUUUGCGUCCUUUCUUUUCCAAAGGCAGCAGCUUGAAUAAUUACCCGAAAUGGAAUUAGCUCGACUGUAACAAUUCAGACCGUUAUCUGAGGGGGACAUUUUUUGGGAGUUUUAAAUAUUCAAAAACGUAAAAUAGGGAGCAGUUAAGUCCCCUCUCGUGAGCUCACAUUUGGGAAAUACACAUACGAGUGGCGAAGCCGUGACUAAAGUGAGGCUCACUUUCUUGGCGACCCUUCACCAGACUCCUUCAGCCAGAUCGGUUCGCUCUCGGACUCGCGCAUGUGACUCAAAGAUGAGCCUAGCUGGCCUGCUCGCAGGCUGUAUAUCCCUCUUGCGGAUUUGCAGUUCGCGUAGGAGUGGAAAAAGUAAUAGGACUUGUAGGUAGCGAUUGUCGCGUAAGAAAUGACAACAGUAGACACAGGUAAAUUGUAUGUUCUUUUCAUUCCUUUAUAACUCUCUUCCUACUCAACAAGAUUGUGUGGCCCUGUGCACUAACGAAAGAAAUGGAAAGGACUAUGUACUGGCGCGCCAAAUCUCAUCAGCAACCCAGUCUAGGUCAGGAGGGACCUCUCCAGGGAAACUUUGCCUUCUCCCCUUCUCUCACUUUUCGAACAAUCCAACUUCCAUAAAAACCUUAAAAGAUUAUAACCAUGACAGUCGCCUUAAAAAUACCACCCCAC